GUUUCAACAAGUGCCUUACAGUAUUAUGAUUAUUGACUAUAAAUAUUUAUAAAUUAAAGCCAUAUAUAAUAUUUCAUCAACUCUUAAGUGAAUACAAAUAAUGCCUAGGUGUUUUAUGACCUCCGUGAGGCCUUCGCGGAUAUCUUCCUCACAAGAAACAGAUGAUUAUAAACCAAUGAGGAUUCCUAAAGCGUCGACGAAAAAGCAGAAAAAUCUUUUGAAAUUGAACGAAACUGUGUAUCACGAUAAAGUUCCUAUAUCGACGAGGUUCUACCUUCAACUGUUAAAGAAGAGUCAAUUCAUUAAAACAUUUGUAGACACAGAAAACUAUGAUUACGCUUCGGAGAGCGAAAAAGCCAUAAAUUCGCCGGAACAACCGAAAAGAAACAAUGCGAAGAGAGACAACGACAAAUCAACUUAUAAUCUGAGAUCGAACGAAUCCAAAACAGAGAGGAGAGUGUUCGGACAGAAGACGAGAGCGCAGAGAAAGUGUAAAAAGAAGAAUCAGAACGUCACAGCGGAAGGGAAACCGAUUGGCAAAGAGAAAAAGGAACCGCUGGCGCCGAUCAUCGAGGAAAUAAAGAACAGAGAGCCUCUGAAGACUGUCAAGGGGACGGAAAUAGAUAAAAUAGCGGAAAAGCUGAAGAGUCUCGUGAAAAAUAACAAUGACGAGAAACUGAACAGGGAACUGUUGUUCUGCAAGGAGUCGUUCGCGAGAGAUGAAAGGAUUGAAACGAUCAGUCUGGAGACGGAUGAGGAUAAUAAAAAGAAAAAUGAUAAGGGUCGCGAUUGGGAGCGUCGAGUCCACGUGUGUUCCUACUGCGGCAAAGGUUUUGAUAGACCGUGGGUAUUAAAGGGACACUUAAGACUACACACAGGAGAGAGACCCUUCCCCUGUCCACACCCACACUGCGGCAGGACGUUUGCCGAUCGUUCCAAUCUCCGCGCCCACCAGCGCACACGUGGUCACCACUCGUGGGUGUGGCGCUGCGCCCACUGCGGAAAGGCUUUCAGCCAGCACAGAUAUCUGGAGAGGCACAGAGCUGAUGCGUGUAGGAAAUACAAAAUGCAUUCGAGGAACUCUCAUACAUCUUGCAACGUGAAAAUGGCGCCGGUUCCUUUGUACGGCUUCAUAUAUAAUAAGGCUGAGAGACUUGAAGACGGACCCAUAGACCUCUCCAUUAAUAAGAGAGACAAUUAAAUAUAUGAUAAUAAAUGUUUUAU